AUGACGCCUGUGGCAUCGCCAAGCGCGUUCAUCUAUCAGAACUCGUGCCGUCCAGCUCCCAACCUGCUUGAACAUCGUACUUCCAGCGCUCUAAAUACCAUGAAUAGUCAACGAGCUCAAACUGACGAUGGAGGUAUGGACAGUCAGCAUGCUGGCCACUCAGGUCAUGCAGAUCAGCCGGACACGCCCCUGAGCACCGGCCCCCCGGAUCCAGAAACUCAUCUUAACAGCCUUAGCCCACCCAGCUUCCCACGUCUAACACUGUGCAUACGCGGCGCAAUACAAGAAGUCUACAAUCCAUACUCAUUGAAUGAUGCACCUGCCACUCCUCCUCAUGCCGUUCACCAUCUUCCGAAGCAGAUGGACAGGCCAGACCAGGCUGCAGGCAGAAGGGUGUCCAAUGCCCCAUCCAUGGCGGACAGCACCUGCAGCCAGACCAUCAGCAUCUACAGCAGUGGUUCUGGCCACACCCAACGCACCCUCGCUGUUGUCGACGCCGUCCACUGCAUCUGCCUCGAAGCAUCGAAGACAUACAUCACCUCGCACGAGACCAACAAGAAAGUACGAGAACCGAGAAAUCCGCGCAAGCCCUCCACUCCCACUCCCCUUCAUCCAUAUCCUCCUCUUCCAAGCAACCCCAACUACGACCACAUCCCAGGCAUUAGCAGCAACGGCACUCGACGCAGCCGUGCCCACGAACAACAUCAACAAAACAACGGCAAUGGCGACAAGAAACGACUUUCUUCAGCCGCUGAUCUAUUAUUCAUCACCCAACCCACCAACAGCCUCCUCAACAACAUCAGCAGUAUUUGUAGCAUGCUAUGGGCAGGUUCGCAGUGCAACCGGCUCAGCGUGCUGAACGUCGAGCGGCAGACAGUAGAUGAUAUGGCUAGAUUGCUGGAGUGGGGUGAGACGGUCGCGAUGCCCCGGGAUUGCAAUCAGUGGUCCUUAGGUCAAGAUGAGGAGGAAGAGAUACUGUUGUGGAGGGUCGUGAGUGCGGGACGGAAUUUAGUGCAUUGGUUGGGUGUCCCGCAGGGGAUUAGGGAUAUGCUUAUUGUGGAGGGAGAGGUUCAGGGGAGGGUUUAUGGGGGUGAUGGGUAUGGGGAGGGUGGUGGAAAUGGUCAUGGUCAGGGUGAGUUUUGA